AUGACAGACAUUGAAUCAGCUCAAGCCCAUAAACAUGCAGUCGAAUUAAACAGACAAGCAUUUGAUGAAGUACUUGCUCGAAAAUAUGACAAAAAGGAAACUCAAAUAUUGAUGGCAUACUUGUUUGCUAAACAUAUAUUGGAAUUUGAUUUAGGUGUGCCAGUGAAAAGAAGGAGCUUAGAAGAAUCGGAACCAUUGUUAGGUGACGCUCAUUUACCAUUCAGUGGGUUCAGCAGAGAGGAAACUUUGCCUGACCCAGGCACAUAUUUGGAGAAAUACCCAAAAACAAUCUUCCGCCCCGGUAUGAAAUUGUUGGAUUUUGCUUGUGGUACAGGGAUGGUUACUGAAUUAUUCGUGCCUUACCUAACUGCUAAUGCUAACGGUGGCCCAAAGAGUGAAAUAGUUGGAAUUGAUAUCGGGUCCACAUUUUUAAAAUAUUUUGAUCAAAGAGCUGCUAAGUUGAGUAAUGAUAAAGUGUCAAUGAAAUCAUACGAAUAUGAUGUUCUUGAUCCAAAGGUACAACCAGAACUAACCAAGUUCAACAAUUACUUUGAUUUUAUCUUCUCCACUAUUUCAUAUCACCAUAUUCACAGCUAUCAAGAAGUAACCAAAAAGUUGGUUGACUUCUUAAAACCCGGUGGUUGGAUGUUCAUUAUUGAUUUCUACAACGAAGACAUCGAAGAUCUCGAUGAGACAAAUAGUCGAUCCUUAUCCAAUGAAGUUCAACACAUGGGUGGAUUAAAAAUUGACAAAUUAAACCACACAUUAGGUGAAUUCUCCGGGUUGGUAAACGUUUCGAGUGCUCGUGAAUUCCGUGCCAAUUUAUGGCAACCCGAUGUAUUUAUUCGUAGUCAUAGUACAAAGGCUAUGGUUGAUAAGAUGAACAAUGGUGAAUUGGAAAGCAAAGAGAUUGAUGGACAAAUGAAUUAUCUUGUUGAAACCAGUUUUAUUUAUGCAAUUGGACAAAAACCGGAAUCUAAGUGA